GACAAUAUUUGAUUUUUAUGGAAAAGCAUGGAUUUCUAAAAGAACACAAUCUUUAUCACUCAAGCAUGACUCUAUACUCCCAAAAUCAUUGAGCAAUGAUGAAAAUUGAAAAGUCGUGCUUCUUCAUUUCUUCAAUUCAAAGCAAGUUGGACUAGGACUUUCAGUUGUGAAAACACAUCAGUUUCUAAAACAAAAAGCAUGAAAUAUAACAAAAAAAAAGAAAGAUGGGAGAUUACUCAGAUCAUCAAACAAUAACUUACAACCCAAACUUCAAAUUGAUCAGAAUAAGAUGCUCAGAUGCUCAGAAAGUUUAAAAAACGAAAUUGGCAGCGAGAUGAGGAAGAUGAUUGAUUGAUUACCCGGGAUUUAGGUCUUCAAUCUCUGAAGCAGACAAUUUUUAUUUCAAAUAAUAGCUUAACGCUGAGCUGUCAAGAGACAAAUCGAAAUGCAGACAAUGAUAACAAAGACCCUGAUCAGGAUUUCCAGUCAAAGAAAUUAAACCGAACUAUAAUUGAACGAGAGAAAGGGAAGGCGGGGAUUUGAUAUGAGCACUGCGUGUAGAUACAGAGAACGAUAAUAAUAAUAAUAACAAUAGGGAGUAUGAAGUAGAAUAGCUGACUUUAGUUGAAGAUCCUCCUGCGGAAUUUCCCUUUUCAACUUUCUCAUGGCGUUGCUUGGAUUGACUCUAGUUGGAAACCGCAAUCUUGGUAUUUGAGUCCACCAAAGAGAGAAAUGGAUACAAGGCAGAGAAGCAUAAGGGUGUUGAUGUUUCCAUGGCUAGCCCAUGGUCACAUAUGCCCAUUCCUAGUGCUAGCCCAAGCACUUGCCACAAGAAACUUCAUCAUCUACAUAUGCUCCACCCCCACCAACCUCAACUCCAUCAAGAAGAGGCUCACUGAUAAAGACUCCAUAGCCAUAAAGCUUGUGGAGCUCCAUCUCCCCUCCCUCCCCAAUCUCCCCCCUCACCUCCACACCACCAACGGCCUCCCGCCCCGCCUCAUGCCCACUCUCAAGCGCGCCAUGGACAUGGCCAAACCCGGCUUCUUCACCCUCCUCCGCACCUUCAAGCCCGACCUGGUCCUCUACGACUUCCUCCAGCCGUGGGUCCCGAUGAUGGCUCGAGGGGAGGAUGUCCCCGCGGUACUGUUCCUCAACCCCGGGGCGGCAUCCUCCUCGUACCUGUUUCACGUCGGGAGGGGCCACCCCGUGGAUGAGUACCCCUUCCCGGAGAUGUAUCUCCGGGAUCACGAGUAUAGGAGGAACAUGUGUAUAUUCGAACAGCCGGCGGAGGACUCGGAGGACGGGACCCGGAUUAGCGACACGGAGCGGGUGGACAGGUGUUUGGACGGAUCGUCCAGGAUCAUACUCAUCAAGACGUUCAGGGAGCUCGAGGGGAAGUAUAUUGACUACCUGAGCGAUUUGGUCGGCAAACGGUGCGUCCCGGUGGGGCCGCUCGUACGGUCCACGGCGGCGGAGGGAGAGCAUGAGGAGAUCAAGGAGUGGCUGGACGGGAAGCAGCGGUGCUCGACGGUGUUUGUCUCUUUCGGGAGCGAGUACUUCCUGACGGAGGCGGAGAUGGAGGAGGUGGCGCUAGGGCUGGAGCUCAGCCGGGUCAAUUUCCUGUGGGUAGUUAGGUUCCCGAGCGGGGGGUUCGUGAGCCACUGCGGGUGGAGUUCCGUGAUGGAGGCCUUGAAAUUCGGGGUUCCGAUCGUCGCGAUGCCGAUGCAGCUGGACCAGCCGUUGAACGCGAGGCUGGUGGUGGCGGCGGGGAUAGGGGAGGAGGCGGUGAGGGACGGGGAGGGGAGAGUGGAUAGACGGGAGGUGGCGAGGGCGGUGAGGAAGGUGGUGGCGGAGAAAUCGGGGCAGCGGCUGCGGCGCCGGGCGAGGGAGUUCAGCGAGAAGAUAAUGAGCGAGAGGGGGGAGGAGGAGAUCGACGAGGCGGUGGAGGAGUUGAUGAAGCUUUGCCGGAGUAGGACGGCGGCGGGGCGGGAGUACGACUCGACGCAACUUUUCAAUUACUGCACAAAUGGAUAGGUUUUGCGUCAUGGUUUUUGGGAUUCUGUUGUUAUUCCUCUAGACUAUUUCAGUCUGUUCCUAUGUUUUUCUUUCUGCCAUAAAAAAUAAAAUUGACUGUAAGAU